AUGCAGGUCCAGCUUGGAUCAAGCUCAUCACAGCUCCACUAUGCCCCGUGCCGCGGGUGCGACCCGGGCACCGGGUUCGCCGCCUUUCUCGACUUUUACGCGCGCGAAGGCAACGGCACGGACGCGGGCAUGGUGACGACAGGCAGCAACACGAGCGUUGGGCUCAACUUUACCGGCACGGGCGUGGCAUUUGAGCUUUCGUUUGUCGACGGGUCGGCCGACGCAAGCAAGAACGGCUGGGUGACCGACCUGCGCAUCAACGGCUCCUCGGCGCCUGCGACCGCGAACGCGACCGGCACGAGCGUCAGCGGGCUCCCGUACGGCCGGCACGAGAUCACGCUGGGGUUCACACAGCCGCAAGCCAACUCGUCCAACCCGGUCACGGUGCACAACGUCGUCGGCACGCUGGGCCAGGUGGCGGGCGACCACAGCGCCAACGCGACGAUUGACGACUCGUGGUGGCGCAAUGCGUCGCUGUGGAUCUCGGGCGGGUGGAACAUGAUCGAGGGGGCAGACGGCGGCCAGAGCAACAAUAUCAACCAGACCCAGUUUGACGCCGAGGUCGGCACCGUCGCAAACGACUACAACAGCUCCGUGUCGUGGACGACCGAGCCGCGCGCGUGGAACGCCGUGCGGUGGAACGGUAGCGCCGUAUGGGUGUACGGCAUUGCCGGGGGAGACGCUGGCACAUUCGAGCUGCAACUCGACAACGUCUCGCAGGGCGUGUUUGACGCGUCUGGCGGACCCAGAGUGUAUGACAGCGUGCUCUUCCAUGCUUCGGGCCUCAACGACGGCCCACACGAGGUGGUCUUGACCAACGUGGCGGGGCGGCUGUCUUUCGACCGCCUCGUGGCGUCGACUGGCCUCGACCCCGCACCCGCGCUUGUCCCCAUCACGUCCACCUCGUCCGCCCUGCCGUCGUCCUCUGCAGAGCCGUCCUCGACCUCAUCAGAAAGUCCCGCACCGUCCAGCACCGAUGAAUCCGACCCCUAUGGUGACUGGCACGACACGAAGGGCUCUGGGCGUGGCGUGACGAGCGGCACAGUGGCUGGCAUCAUCAUCGCCGUGCUCCUCCUCCUCGCGCUCGCCUUCCUCCUCUGCCGCCGCAGGCACAAGCGCGAGCAGCGCCACAACUCAAAGCAGCAGUGGGACGAGGACAGGCCGUGGCACCAGCGCCUGUUUUCAAAGGACAAGGGAUGGCGCUUUGUCCACCUUGCCGACGCGCCAGCGAUGCACACCGACGCCGGCGCCCCGCGUGACAAGGACGCCUUGCACUUCUCAAGCUCGAGCUUUGGGUCGGCGGCCGGCCACCUCGCCAACCUGCCCGAGACUAGCCCACGCCGCUUCAUUGCCGGCUUCUUCCGCGCCAAGAGCUUCCGGAGCGCCAGGAGCGUAACGUACGACGCUGAGGCACCGCUGCCGCCACUCCCGCGCGGCGCGAGCGCCAGCACCGACUCGGACUCUGGCAGCGGCCAGCACGACCACCUCGACGAGAAGGCGUAUGCGCAUGGACUGCGCCGCGAGAUGUCUCACCCCGACGCGAUGGCACGCGAGCCGUCACCGAACCCUCUCUUUGCUGCGCUCGGCGGGCAACACUCCCCGCUCACCCAGCUCCAGCGCAGCUUCUCGACCAGCAGUGGCGACAGGGCAGCCCCGCCACCUGCAAUCAAGGUGUACCGCUCCCAGACGCCCGACGAGGACGACGACCAGGAAGAGUUUGGCGUCCUCGACCUCCGCCAGCACCGCUCCGAGAACGAAGCGCGCCAGCACCCAACCCAGCACCUGAGCUACACGAAAGCGCGUGACUCGGCGUACAACGCGUCGAUUCGCGAGUCGGCCUACGGCAACCACCGUAACCGCCACACGGCCAACUCGGGCCCCCUCGGCGUCCGCGAGUGGUACGACUGGUUCGGGCUCAGCACGUACGGCGACCGCGCGAGCAAGCAGAGCGCGCGCAACACGGACCCAUGGGUCGUCGAUGGUGGCGCCGCACCAGUUUCGUAUGUCCCGCCGGUCGAGGCGCAGCGCAGCCCCCGCAGACGAUACUUUGACAAGCCCUCGUUCCUUCAUAGUAAGUAG